GGCCCUACCUGUUAGCCAUCAUUUGAAAAUUAUAGACAAGGCCUGGUGAUAAUAUAUACCGGACGGCCUAAUGGCAAACAACAAGUGGUUAGCGACGGUAGCAAGCAUAUGGAUCGAGUGCAGCUGCGGUGCCUCCAGCACCUUCGGAAUAUACUCAGCCACCCUCAAAUCCAGUCAAGGUUAUGAUCAAUCCACUCUAGACACCGUUUCGGUCUUCAAGGACAUCGGCUCUAACAUCGGAGUUUUAUCCGGUCUACUCUACAGUGCGGUAACCUCAUUAUCUCGUUUCGGGUCUGGACUUUGGCUGGUCUACUUGGCCGGAGCGGUUCAGUUCUUUACCGGUUACUUCUUUAUAUGGUUGUCUGUGACCGGAGUCAUUGACCGUCCCCACGUGCUGCUCAUGUGCCUCUUCAUGUUCAUGGCUGCACACGCUCAGACUUUCUUCAGCACCCCCGAUAUUGUUGUUGCCGUUCGUAACUUCCCAGAUUAUAGUGGAACUAGCGUUGGCAUUAUGAAGGGUUUCUUUGGGCUAAGCGGAGCAAUACUAAUUCAAAUCUACUACACACUAUUUGACAACAAACCAACCACCUACUUACUCAUGCUAGCUGUAUUUCCAACACUCGUGUCUCUCGCAUGCAUGUCUCUCGUUCACAUAAACCCCUCAAACACAAGCAAUGAUAAACCUCAUUUGAAUCGCUUCUCAUUGAUAGCGCUCAUAAUCGCCACAUAUCUAAUGAUCGUACUCAUCUUUCAAAACAUCUUCACAUUCCCAUCAUGGGCUUAUAUUCUCACAACAACAAUUCUUUUGAUUAUGGCAUUAUCACCUCUUCAAGUAGCCCUCACAGCUCAAAGAAGCGAACAACGACCACCAUCUCCUGCCAUGACUCCACUAAUCACGACUAUAGAGGAUCAAGAGGUGGAAAUGAAUUUGCUACAGGCAAUGGGCACAAUCAACUAUUGGUUGUUGUUUCUUGCCAUGGUUUGCACAUCAGGGUCAGCGUUAGCAACAAUCAACAACAUAACUCAAAUAGGCGAGUCGCUUGAUUACUCUACACUUGAAAUCAACACCAUAGUUUCUUUAUGGAGCAUAUGGAACUUUCUUGGUCGGUUUGUUGGUGGAUUUGUGUCUGAUUUAUUCAUACAUAGAUAUGGUGUAGGAAGGCCAUUAUUUUUCAGCCUUACACAACUAACUAUGGUCGUAGGCUAUUUGAUCAUUGCUUUAAGUGGGAAUUUGUACAUUGGUUCAGUGAUUGUGGGGGUUUGCUUCGGAUCACAAUGGUCUUUAAUGCCUACAAUCACUUUGGAGAUAUUUGGGGUGAAACAUAUGGGGACUAUUUUCAACUCUAUUGGUGCAGCUAUCCCUAUUGGUUCAUAUAUAUUUUCUGUGCAAGUGAUUGGAAAAAUCUAUGAUAAGGAAGCACAAGCAACAGGGGGGUUGUGCCACGGGCUUCAUUGCUUUAUGCUUUCAUAUUUUAUAUUUGUCGGGGUUUCUGUUUUUGGGGUUCUUUUUUCCUUCGUCUUGUUUCUUCGCACAAGAGGGUUCUAUGCUUCAAUUUUGCAAAAAAGACGGAAGCAGUUAUAUUAGUAGUGAAAAAGUUUUUUUUUUAUUUUACUAAUUCUGGACUAUAUAUGAUACAUAUGUCUUUACAUUUUUUGUUUAUAAGAAUUCUGUAACAAGAUAAGGUGCUUUCAAAUUA